GGGUGCGUGAGUGAAAGUGUGUGGCAAAGAGAGUAAGAGGGGGAUAAGAUUUUGUGCUAAGACACUCAAAACUUAACUGGAAAAGCACAAUGGCCUCAGCAUCACUCCUCAAGUCAUCUCCUGUUCUUGACAAGUCUGAGUUUGUUAAGGGCCAAACCCUUCUCCGGCAGCCCUCCGCCGCUGCCGUCCGCAGCCACCCCAAUGCUGCCCCAUCUUCUCUCACUGUCCGUGCCUCCUACGCUGAUGAGCUCGUCAAGACCGCGAAAACCAUUGCAUCACCAGGGCGGGGAAUCCUUGCGAUGGAUGAAUCAAAUGCGACCUGCGGGAAGCGUCUGGCGUCCAUUGGGCUGGAAAACACAGAGGCUAACCGCCAAGCCUACCGCACCCUCCUUGUGACCGCCCCCGGCCUUGGUCAGUACAUCUCUGGCGCCAUCCUCUUUGAGGAGACUCUCUACCAAUCCACCACCGAUGGCAAGAAGAUGGUGGAUGUCCUUGUCGAGCAGAAGAUUGUCCCUGGCAUCAAAGUCGACAAGGGUUUGGUUCCCUUAGCUGGUUCAAAUGAUGAGUCCUGGUGUCAAGGUCUUGACGGCCUUGCUUCCCGCUCUGCUGCUUACUACCAACAGGGUGCCCGUUUUGCCAAAUGGCGUACCGUUGUCAGCAUUCCCAAUGGUCCUUCUGCAUUGGCCGUGAAGGAGGCUGCCUGGGGCCUGGCUCGCUAUGCUGCCAUUUCUCAGGACAAUGGAUUGGUCCCGAUUGUGGAGCCAGAGAUCCUGUUAGAUGGUGAUCAUGGCAUUGACAGGACUUUUGAGGUUGCUCAAAAAGUUUGGGCUGAAGUGUUCUUCUACUUGGCUGAGAACAAUGUGAUGUUCGAAGGUAUUCUCCUCAAGCCCAGCAUGGUGACUCCUGGUGCCGAAAGCAAGGACAAGGCCACACCUGAGCAGGUUGCUGACUACACCCUCAAGCUCCUCCAAAGGAGAAUUCCCCCAGCUGUCCCUGGAAUCAUGUUCUUGUCUGGUGGGCAAUCCGAGGUUGAAGCUACCUUGAACUUGAACGCCAUGAACCAAGCUCCCAACCCAUGGCACGUUUCAUUCUCGUACGCCAGGGCUCUCCAGAACACAUGCCUGAAGACAUGGGGCGGGCUUCCAGAGAAUGUGAAGGCUGCCCAGGAGACUUUGCUUGUCCGAGCCAAGGCCAACUCUCUGGCUCAGCUUGGAAAAUACACAGCUGAGGGAGAAUCCGAGGAAGCCAAGAAGGGAAUGUUCGUCAAGGGCUACAGCUACUAGGCUUAUUACAUUGUACUACCAAAGGAAAAACAGUUUAUAGAUGGAGCAGAAGUGUGAUAAGCUUUUGUACGCUUAUAGCAAUUGAGACUGUUUUCGUUGAUUACAUGUGCUUUUCUUAACCUCUUAAUAAGCCUAAUGCUGAUGAGAAAUAGUUAGUGUGUUUGUAUCAGAACAGCAUGGUAUAUAAAUUUUUCCAUA